AUUAUUUUCUGUCAUUGUCUUGUCAACGAGCCGUGGUCGUAGAUUGCUACAGUGCCAAUUUAUAAUUCCACAAUUAAAUAAUUUCCACUCUCACAAUGUCUGCUAAAUUCCAAGAUUACAAAGAUAGUUUGGAGCGCAGUCUCAAUGACAAAGGAAAGCCAUGGACGAAAUAUUUCGAAUUGGCUGAAAAAAAAACCGGCGUAAACCGAGUCUAUAUCUUCGUUGGUAUGGUGGCGUUCACUGGUUUAUAUUUAGUGUUCGGGUUUGGAGCUGAAUUGAUUUGCAAUUCGAUUGGCUUCGUGUACCCGGCGUAUAUGUCUAUGAAGGCCCUAGAGUCGCCGAAUAAAGAUGAUGACACUAAAUGGCUGACGUACUGGGUGGUGUUUGCAUGCUUCUCAGUUGUGGAGUACUUCUCGGACUUCAUUGUGGGAUGGUUCCCUCUGUAUUGGCUCAUAAAGUGCAUCUUCGUCAUAUGGUGUUACCUGCCGACGGACUUCAACGGCUCGCUGAUCAUCUACAACCGCAUCAUCCGCCCAUACUACCAGAAACACCACAACCGCAUCGAUGACAUUGCCAACUCUGGUUUGGAGAAAAUUCUGAAGUCUGCCGACAAACAUUUUGAUAAAACCGUUAAGGCUUUUAACAAAGCAAUGAAGGACUUAUAAACAGCCAGCCGCUUGGUAGCAGACGCAGUAAGGAAGAACAACUAAAAUAAUAAAAUAUUAAAAAUAAAUUUCUGUGGGAAGCGAAAGUACAAAUUUAUUUCUGCACCUGCUUUCACGAGCUUCGCGGCACUCUCACCAACCGAAUAUAAUAAUUAUUAAAAUACAAUAAUACAAAUUAACAGAACAAAAGUAAGCAGUCCAUGUUCAUUAUAAUGUCAAUUAAUCAUUUGUGAUCAACAUUCCUCGCGGUUUAUUCUAUUGGAAUAUACAUUAUUUUUAAGUUUUUAACACUUUCAACAAAUUGAGUGUUGAUUAAAAAUGAAUUGUUGAAUAGUUUAGACUUAUACCACUGCAAAACGUGACACUGUUGACACUGAGGCAGUGGACCUCCUGAAAUCAUCUAAUUUAUGACCAUUACAAAUAAAAUUAAUGAUUUUAAAAUAUUGAUAAAUAUGUAAUUUUCCUAAUGUAGUCAAGGGCAUGUUGGUUUUUUUUUAUAUUAUUUUAGAAAGACCUUGUAUUAUUAGCUAAGUUGUUUAUAAUCGUGACACAUUUUUUAUACUUCUUAGUUUUAAAAUUAUUAGUUGAAUCUAUCUUUUCCUGGCUUGUAUGAUCUUGUAGGGAUUGCAAUCCUUAGAAGCGUAAGUAAAGCCCCCGUAUUUUAGUUUCCCUAUAUUAAGAUCUCUUUUGUGGAACAAUGAAUUUCCUAAUGCUCUGUGUUAUUGCACAUUUAGAUUUUGCUCAAGGAAUGUUAGUAAUUUGUCAUGUUUAAGUUUGUCUUUUUUUAAGGUUGAAUAAUGUUGAUAGUUUUUCAAGUGUUGCCAGCUACAAAAUAUAGAAUCGUGUUGCCAUAUUACCAAGAAAAUUACUGUACCUCUUCCAAAACCAAGUAAGAAAUGUUUAGAUGUAUUUUUGUACAAUUUUAAUAAUGCUAGCCUAGCUUGUACUCGUGGCUUGGUCUGCGUGGUAUAUAGUACCAACAAGAGAAACCCCAAAGUUUUCAUAGAAUAAUCAUGUUUUAAGUGUUUGGUGUUAUGCUUGUGAUGUGAAAAAUCCAUGUUAUGUGCCUUUAACAUUUGGCUGCCAUCAUUAUUGUAUUCACUCAAGGAAUUGUUAUACUUGUCAUUUUUCACAUAAUAAAAGGAAUUCAUUGUA